AUGGAGUUCCGAAGAAAAAGCGCGACAUCCUCCUUCGGCCUUGCGCUUCUCGGCCUUCUCGCCUCCACCACGCCCGCGGCAGCAGCUGACACCGCUUCCCCCAACGACCCCAUCUCCAAGCCCGACUGCGACUCCGACAUCGAGGUCUCGAUCCGGUACGCCGGCACCACGAAGCGCCUGUACCUCGAGUCGGCAGACGGCGAGACCCGCGGAGGCUGCGCUACCCUCGGGCAGAUCUGGGAGAGUCGGGCCGGCAAGGCGCCGCUGUACGCGGUGGACCCGGACUCUGGCGACGUGAGCGAGACCGAGACUGGCACGUGGCUCCUCACGGAGGAGCUGUACGUGGAAGACGGCAUCACGCUCAAGGUGUACGGGACGGACGAGGGGGGAGAUGCCGACGAACUCAGGUUGCUGAGCACAAGCGAGACCUACAUCAACCUCAGAGCACACGGUGGCAGCCUGGACUUCGUGGGCACCAAGGUAUUCUCGUGGGACACGAGCACCAACUCGCCGGACGAAGAUGAAACCGACGGCCGGUCAUACAUCAGCGCCGUCUCGGAGAUCGUCACCGACGAGGACGAGACUUGCGAGGGUAACGCCAAGAACACCAUGGGGGAGGCCCGCAUGGAUAUCGAGAACAGCGAGAUCGGCUACCUGGGGUUCCAGGACAGCGAGAGCUACGGGCUCACGUGGAAGGUUCGCGGGUUUUGCAAGGAUAAGUCUAACCCGGAGAUCUUCGACGACGUGAAUGUGUACGGAAACAUGUACGACAGCGACAUCCACCACUUGCGCUUCGGCCUCUACACUUACGGCCACCAGCAAGGAGACUGGAGGAGGAAUAAGAUGCACGACAACUCCGGAUACGGCUUCGACCCCCACGACGACAGCGACUUCCUCACCAUCCACGACAACGAGGUGUACAACAACGGCUACCACGGUAUCAUCGCCUCCAAGCGCUGCAACGGCGUGUCUAUCCAGGGCAACGAAGUGUAUGGCGGUGCCGAGACUUCUGCGGGCAUCUUCCUGCACCGCAGCAGUGACGACGCCAUCGUCAAGGGGAACUACGUGCACGACAACGGCGACGCGGGGUUGGCGAUGCUCGAGUCGUUCAACGCCGAUGUGUCCGAGAACACGUUCGAGAACAACAAGUACGGCGUGCGGAUGAGCGUGGGCUGCGCGGACAACGUCUUCUCCGAGAACAUCAUCAGCAACAACAGCAAGUACAACGCCUACACGUACCUUGGGUCAGACGAGCCGGACGUUGUUUCUUCCGGGCGGUCCCAGAACAACGUAUUCUCACAGAACUCCUUCUCCGGCGCCGAGGAGACGAUCAAGAUCAAGGAGGCCGACGGCACCCAGUUCCUCGACAACGUCUUCGAGGUUGGCGAUGCCGAUGGCCUGGUGGUGCGGUUCGACGAUGCCAUGAACAGCGUCAUGCAGGGCAACACCGGGCUCGACGAAGGGGACUUCGAGCUCAAGGUCACCAACGAUUCGUGCUUCGACGGGGAGUCAGACUCCGGCUACGAGCCUGUCUGCUGAGGAGCUAGGCCUAGAAUGACCCAACAACGCAUGUUGUUGACUCGCCUAGUUCUGUCGUAAGGGAAAGGGGUCCCUUUUUCUGGAGACCACACUACAUGUUUACACCGUUGGGUACUCCGAAGGAUGUGUGCAUUGGACAAACCGCUCCCUGGGCGGUGUACAUUUAUUUUUCAUUCUUGACAGUUGCUGAACGUUGUGCAAUGUCUUGUAAUUGUCGUGGUCGUUGGCCGUUGGUCGCGACAUGUUGUAUCAUUUGUUUAUGCUGUUGGUUGGUUUAUGGGUGUUGAUUUUGAAGGCAAGACCACCGGAACUCUUGUUGUUUGGCGAGUCGUGUCUGCAUUUUACUUUCGUUUUUUUGUUUUUCUGUUGUUGCUGGAUCGCUGUGCGGCAAUAAGGUUUGAGUGGGGCACACGGACACUGUAAUAUUUUUUUUUGGUGGGCCUUGGCAGUCUUGUACCACUUUUUGCGUAUCUCGUCCGUCUUUGUGCGGCGAUUUCGUGGGACCACUCAUUUUACGCGACGAUACCUCAACUGUUUUUCCCAGCUAGAGAUUGGGCGAUAUACCAGACCCUCAUCUCACCUUAAAAAGGGUGGGUUGAAAUUGAAAUUUGCUCGUAGGCAUUUCCGGCUUGUGGUUGGGAACUAGGCCUUGUGAUAACAGUAGCAUGUAGUAUAGUUUUGCGAUACACCUUGUAAUUGGUUAUGCAACAUGGAUGUUGUGUGUUUCCCCUUCGUUUCUGUUCAGCUCGUCCUGGAGAGGAGGGUGAAUAGUCUAAAUGUCUCGGGCCUUGGCAGCCAAAUUUUGUAGUAGAGGUGUGGAUCGCGUUCGGCUGUUGCACCCCCGUCCGCCGUGAGGCAUUUCGUAGAGGAUGUGUUUCGUGGUUAAUGCAGGACGGUACAACAGUGCUCGGUUAAGUACGUCAGUAUUGCUAGUCUUUGUGGCUGGGCUUUUGAACAUAUCGGUUCCGUGCACCCAUGCACUUUGUCCCCCUCGAUGUGUUCGGUUUUGCGUCCUUAAGACGCCUUGUACUGCAAAGGUGCGCUCGGUGCUCUGCAAGACAGUCAGGAAGAGUACUGGGCGUUUGCGCGUAUAGUAAGUGUGAGUAGUGACUGGUAGUGUGGUGUUGAUUCGUUCGAGAAUCCUGGAGGCAGCAAACGAUGUCGCAGCUUUGGGUGUGAUCAUCCGCUUCUACUAUUUCUUGUCUUCGCUGUGGCUUGGAACGAGCAUUGUUAGAAAUCGAAUGAUAAGUUGAACA